AUGAAGCUGAAGAGCGAGGAGGAGCGUCGGUGGCUGCAGCAGUACCAGCUUCUAUCCGCGAAGCCGAUGCUGUUUGUGCUCAACGCGGAUGAGGCGAGUGUUAUGUCAGGAAAUGAAUUCACUACACCAGUUGAGCAGAAGUUUGGCGCGGAGCGGACCUGCCGCGUGUCAGCCUCAUUGGAGGAGCAAACCUCGCAGCUCUCCUCGCGGGAGGAACGUCUUCUGUUCCUCCAGGAGUACGGCAUCGACGUGCCGCGCGGUGAAGAGCUGCUGCGCUGCGCAUACCGGCUGCUGCGGCUGCAGUCUUUCUUCACUGUGGGGCCACUCAUGGCGCAUGGCUGGGCUAUCGGGGCGGGCGCAACAGCAAAGGAGGCGAGCGGUGAGAUCCACUCCGAUAUGGAGCGGCAUUUUCUGCGCGCGAGGGUUAUGCCGUGGGACGUAUUCGUCACGAAGCCGAAUCUCGAGGCGGCAGAGCUGCAGAUGACAGGCGUUGACGCAAAUUACGUCAUGAAGGACGGUGAUGUGAUGAUUGUCGAUCACAACGCCCCGCGGUGA